AUGAGUGCUCUCAAGCUCCCCCCUGGUAUCAAGGUAUUUAACAAGAUUGCUGAUUUCAGACAAUGGCGUCGCAGCCUCUUGUUGGACCAAAAGACACUUGGUUAUGUCCCUACCAUGGGAGCGCUUCAUCAAGGCCAUUUGGCGCUAGUACAAGCCGCCAAAGAACGUUGCGAUCAUGUAGCACUCACCGUGUUUGUCAAUCCAGCCCAGUUCGCCCCCACCGAGGAUCUUGCUACUUACCCUCGCACAUUGCAGAGUGAUUUGGACAAACUGGCUAGCUUGGGAGAGGGUGUUGCGUCUGCUGUGCUUGUGCCUCAGGUAGAGGAGAUGUAUCCAGCUGGUAUCAACUUGGAUGUAAGCAAGCAAAAGGGCACAUUUGUCGAGGUGCUUGGUCUUUCGAGUCAGUUGGAGGGUAUUACUCGUCCCAACUUCUUUCGCGGCGUGUCUACUGUGGUCAGCAAGUUUCUGAACAUUGUGCAGCCCGAGGAUGUGUUUUUUGGACAGAAGGAUAUCCAGCAAUGCUUUGUGAUUCGCAACAUGAUUCGAGAUUUGCAUUUCCCCACCAAGAUGCAUAUUUGUCCUACUGUGCGAGAUGAAAAUGGACUAGCACUGUCCUCCAGAAACGCAUAUUUGACACCCACACAAAAGAAAUACGCAUUGGUGUUGUCACAAUCCCUCCAACACAUGGAGCAGCUGUACCGCUCUGGCAGCACCACCAAUGCCACUCAGCUGGUACAGGAAGGUGUUGCGUUGAUUGAAAAUGCGCGCAAGCAGGUAGACGAGCUGAACGAGGAUUGGAAGAUAAAGCUGGACUAUGUGUCUAUCAAUUCAGCAGCUGAUUUGAGUGAGCUCAAGGGCGAGAUCCCUCAGCAGGAAGGCUGUGUGAUCAGCAUGGCUGUGUUUGUUGGCAAGACCCGCUUGAUUGACAAUUUGGUGCUGGAUGUGCCAUUGAACUAG